UCAUUUCAAAAAAAAAAAAAAAAACUCUCUUCUUCACUUUUAGAAAAAAAAAAGAAGAGAUAUAUAGCUGUGUUUUAGUUUAUAUUCAGAUAGAAACCAUGCCGGCUGGUGGAUUCUCAUCGGUUACACCGGCGGGGGUGGAAUUCGAAGCAAAGAUCACUCCUAUAGUCAUCAUUACUUGUAUAAUGGCCGCCACCGGAGGCCUCAUGUUCGGUUACGACGUCGGCGUUUCUGGUGGCGUUACGUCCAUGCCCGACUUCUUGGAAAAAUUCUUUCCGGUUGUUUACCGGAAAACCAGAAACCCUGGAAUCGAUGGAAAUUACUGCAAAUACGACAAUCAAGGCCUUCAAUUGUUCACUUCAUCGCUUUAUUUGGCUGGUUUAACUGCCACUUUCUUCGCAUCCUACACCACUAGGAGUCUCGGUCGCCGCCUCACCAUGUUGAUCGCCGGUUUCUUUUUCAUUGUCGGUGUUGUUCUUAACGCCGCUGCCCAAGACCUAGCCAUGCUUAUUAUUGGCAGGAUAUUGCUCGGUUGUGGUGUCGGUUUCGCUAAUCAGGCUGUGCCACUGUUUCUCUCAGAGAUUGCACCUACAAGAAUACGUGGAGGGUUAAACAUAUUAUUCCAACUUAAUGUCACUAUUGGAAUUCUUUUUGCCAAUCUUGUCAACUACGGGACUGCUAAAAUUACAGGGGGAUGGGGUUGGAGACUAUCAUUAGGAUUAGCCGGCAUUCCAGCACUUCUCCUAACUGUGGGGGCUCUCUUGGUGGUCGAUAGUCCUAACAGUCUCAUCGAGCGAGGUCGUCUCGAUGAAGGAAAGGCCGUGCUCCGAAAGAUUCGGGGCACCGAUAAGAUUGAGCCUGAGUUCCUGGAACUUGUCGAGGCAAGUCGUAUAGCUAAAGAAGUGAAACAUCCUUUCAGGAAUCUCCUUAAACGUAGGAACCGACCCCAACUUGUCAUCGCAGUUGCAUUGCAGAUUUUCCAACAAUUUACAGGUAUCAAUGCUAUCAUGUUUUAUGCGCCGGUCUUGUUUAACACAUUGGGAUUUGGCAAUGAUGCUUCACUUUACUCUGCUGUUAUAACCGGCGCUGUCAAUGUGUUAUCUACCGUCGUAUCCAUUUACUCGGUCGACAAAGUAGGCCGUCGUGUGUUGUUACUCGAAGCCGGUGUCCAAAUGUUUAUUUCUCAAGUAAUCAUAGCAAUUAUACUGGCAUUCAAGGUUAAAGAUCACUCUGACGAUCUCCACAAAGGUUUUGCAAUCCUAGUAGUUGUUUUGAUAUGCACUUUUGUGUCAGCCUUUGCAUGGUCUUGGGGACCUCUUGGGUGGCUCAUCCCCAGUGAAACAUUCCCCCUCGAGACCCGAUCAGCCGGGCAGAGUGUAACGGUCUGUGUCAACCUGCUCUUCACCUUUGUCAUAGCUCAGGCUUUCCUCUCAAUGCUCUGUCAUUUCAAGUACGGAAUCUUCUUGUUCUUCUCCGGUUGGGUCGUGAUUAUGUCCAUCUUUACAUUGUUCCUUAUCCCGGAAACGAAAAACAUCCCGAUUGAAGAGAUGACGGAGAGGGUGUGGAAGCAACACUGGUUUUGGAAGAGAUUCAUGGAUGAUGAUGAGGUAGCAGCUGUUACCAAUGGUGACAUUGCAAAGAAAAAUGGGCAUGCUAAUGGUUUUGAUCCAACUUCCCAGUUGUAAACAUCUCGUUACGAUAGAAAAUAGAUAUACAUAUUUAUUUCAUAUAUGAAGAAAUGCUUGACUAAUUAUUGUCAUUUUGGAUCUUUGAUGUAUAAUGGUUGCUAUAAGGAAAAAAAAAAUCAAUCUUUCUGAAAAA